AUGGACGACCUCAGCAUGGAGGACGUCGACAACUUCGAUGUCGCACAUGCGGUGGAACAUGCCACUUGGCCUAAUAACGUGCCCGAUCGCGAGGUCGUCAUCGAGGCUGACGAUCAGGAUAACGACUCAGCCAUUGGAAUUCAAACCCUUGCUUCAUCAAGAGGGAGUCUUGCAAGUUCUAUCAUGGACUAUCGCGUUGAAAAUGGUAGAACUUAUCACAGAUAUAAGGAUGGAAAAUACAACAUCCCCAAUGAUGAGAAGGAAAUUGAGAGACUUGAUUUGCAACAUACUCUAUUCCUACUCACUUUCAGCGACAAGCUCGGAAUGGCCCCUCCCUGUGAUAAGGGAGCCAGCGCUGGCCACGUCCUCGAUAUCGGGACUGGGACUGGGAUCUGGGCGAUAGAUUUUGGAGACGAGCACCCAGAAGCAGAGGUUCGUGGGAUAGACCUUUCUCCUGUGCAGCCAGAUUUCUUGCCACCAAACGUGCGGUUCGAGAUAGCAGACUUUGAGGAGCCAUGGCCUUUCGGUCGGCAUUUCGACUACAUCCAUAGUCGAAUGAUGAACUCAUCUGUUGGUGACUGGAAUGAGUAUAUUCGAAAAUGCUACGAGUAG